AUGAGCCAACUUUCUCUUUCAUCUUCAAGUGAGAUCUCCAAACACCAUACCAGUUCAAAGAGCCUUGUUGAUUCUUUAAACCAGACAAGGCAAGAAUACAAUGAAAUCAAGUUAAAAUAUGAAAAGUUACUAAAAUUAGCUGAGCAACAGAGCGAAAGUUCAUCAGUUAGUGGCAACAAUGAUGGAGUCUCAGGUCAAUACAAUCAGGAUUCUAAUUCAAUUGAAUUACAGCAAUGGAAUCAAAUGUGGACAAGAUUAAUUUCCAUGAUUACAAAAUACAUUCCAUUCCCUUCAUCACCUUCUCGUAGUGAUGCAGAAAAAAGAACCAUUCUUGUAGAUUUAGUUUCACAACUUUGUGACAGAGUACAAAAUCCUUCCCAAAAUGAGGAGUAUAUAGCAUUAAAGAAGAAAUACAACCAUGCUAAAAAGAAUCUUCAUGUAUUAAACUCAAAAUAUGCUGAGUUAGUCAAUACAGUUCAUACAAAUUCAAAACUUUUGAACGAAAGAAUCACAAAGGCAAGCAAAUCAAACGAAGAUAAGUUUACUCAGAAGCUUGAUGAACUAGGUGAAAUCUUAGCUCAGCAAUUAAAGCAAGAAGAAGAAUUGAUUAACGAAAGCAACUACAGAAAGAGUAGUUUAAAGGCAGCCUUAACAAAGCUUAAGCGUAGACACUACGACAGCAGCUCUACAGAUUCAUCUUCAGAUGAUGACGAAGAAGAAAUUCCUGUCAAGCGUUCUAAAUCUAAAGUUCAGAAGUCUGCAAGCAAGCAAAAGACAACAACACAGACAAAGUACUCUCGCAGGCUCAUUGAGGACAGCUCUAGUGAUGAUAGCUAUGAGGAAGAAGAGGAAGAAGACGAAAUUCCCCAAAGAUUUUCUAAAUCCAAGAAUUAUUCAAAGUCGAAGAAUUAUUCGAAACAAAGCUUCAGCAAACAAAAGAUUCUAAAUAAAAAUAUGUUUUCAGAUUCAUCCGAAUCAGAAGAUGAAAUGGAGGAAGAAGAAAUUGUUGAAGUCAAACCAUCCAAAUCAAGAAAAUCCAUCAGAAAGUAUGAGACCGAUGAAGCAGAGAGGAUUGUUGAUGAAAUGGCUUACCAAUCAAAGACAAAAUCCUUCUCUAAAACCAACAAAUCUCAUCAGAUGUCUGAAUUAAGGAACAAAGCUGGAAACCACAUUAAUGAUUUAAUUAAGGUCACUAAUAGGCUCGGGAAGAAUUAUAAAAAGAUAAGACGUCAGAUUGUUUCAUCAGAUUCUGAUGAUUCUCCCAGCCCAUCAUUUUCAAAGAUUUCUUAUGUUUAA